GCAAACCCUCUCCUGAACUGCAACGAAAAUCACCCCGGAAUUUAAGGUGCUCCAUCUGCGGGAGACUCCUUCGCCAUAGAAAGAAGAAAAGAACCGAGUCAAACACACACAGCGCGCCCGGCGUAUGUGGUCAGGAGACAAUGGCGGCUCAAAGGAAUCUCUCAGAGAGCACCAAACUGAUCCUCCUUUUGCUAUGGAUGCCCUGGGAGUCCGCAGCCCGGCAGAUCCGCUACUCUGUCCCUGAAGAACUAGAGAAAGGCUCUUUUGUGGGCAACAUCUCCAAGGACCUGGGGCUGGAGCCCCGCGAGCUGGCGGAGCGCGGGGUCCGCAUCGUCUCCAGAGGUAGGUCGCAGCUUUUCUCCCUGAACCCGCGAGGCGGCAGCUUGGUCACGGCAGGCAGGAUAGACCGGGAGGAGCUGUGUGCCCAGAGCGCGCCCUGUCUUGUAAGCUUUAACAUCCUUGUGGAGGACAGGGUGAAACUCUUCGGGAUAGAGAUAGAGGUAACGGAUAUCAAUGACAAUGCGCCAAAAUUCCAAGCAGAAACUCUAGAUGUAAAAAUUAAUGAAAAUGUCGCAUCAGGGAUGCGUUUUCCUCUCCCGGAAGCUAUUGAUCCGGAUGUGGGCGUGAACUCUCUGCAGAGCUACCAGCUCAGCCCCAAUAAGCACUUCUCCCUAGGCAUUCAGAGUGGCGCUAAUGGCGUCAAGUACCCGGAGCUAGUGCUGGAGCACACCCUAGAUCGUGAGGAAGAGGCGAUUCACCACCUGGUUCUCGUGGCCUCUGACGGGGGUAGCCCUCCCAGAUCAGGCACUGUGCUCAUCACUGUGACUGUCUUUGAUACAAAUGACAAUGCUCCAAUCUUCACCUCGCCUGAAUACCGAGUGAACAUUCCAGAGAACUUGCCUGUGGGCACUCGGCUGCUAAAGGUAACUGCCACCGACAAAGACGAAGGCGCCAAUGGAAAAGUGACAUACUCAUUCCGAAAACUGCUGGACACGCAAUUGUUGAAAUUCCAACUAGACAAAAAUACUGGGGAGAUAAAAAUAUCCGAAAAUCUAGACUAUGAAGAAAUGAGUUUCUAUAAAAUAGAAAUCCAAGCUGAAGAUGGAGGGGCCUAUCUUGCAACUGCAAAGGUGUUGGUUACGGUAGAGGAUGUAAACGACAACACUCCAGAGGUGACCAUCACAUCUCUCUUCAGUCCAGUGGCUGAAAAUUCGCCUGCGGGAACUGUCAUAGCCCUGUUAAACGUGCAUGAUUUAGACUCUGGGCAGAAUGGACAGGUAACCUGUUCCAUCUCAGGGGAUCUACCAUUUAAAUUAGAAAAAUCCAUUGAUAGUUACUAUAGACUAGUGACACAGAGAGCCCUUGAUAGGGAACAGGUAUCCUCUUACAACAUCACUGUAACAGCCACUGAUGGGGGAAACCCACCUUUGUCAAGCAAAGCUCACUUCACUCUGCAAGUGGCGGAUAUCAACGACAACCCUCCCGCCUUCUCUCAGGGCUCCUACUUUACCUAUAUCCCAGAGAACAACCCCAGGGGCGCUUCCAUCUUCUCGGUGACAGCCCUGGAUCCCGACAGCAAAGAGAACGCCCAGAUCGUUUACUCUCUGGCUGAGGACACCAUUGAGGGGACACCACUUUCUUCCUACAUCUCCAUCAACUCAGACACCGGCAUCCUGUACGCUCUCUGCUCCUUUGACUAUGAGCAGUUCCGUGAACUGCAGGUGCAGGUGACUGCUAGUGACAGCGGGAAGCCUCCCCUCAGCAGCAAUGCGUCCUUGACCCUGUUGGUGCUGGAUCAGAAUGACAACUCACCAGAAAUUUUGUACCCCAUUCCGCCCACUGACGGCUCCACUGGGGUAGAGCUUGCUCCCCGCUCAGCAGAGCUGGGCUACCUUGUGACGAAGGUGGUGGCGGUGGACAGAGACUCCGGACAGAACGCCUGGCUGUCCUAUCGCCUACUCAAAGCCAGCGAACCAGGGCUAUUCUCGGUGGGGCUGCACACAGGAGAGGUGCGCACGGCGCGGGCAUUGCUGGAGAGGGAUGCCCUCAAGCAGAGUCUAGUGGUAGCCGUACAAGACCACGGCCAGCCUCCUCUCUCCGCCACAGUCACUUUGACUGUUGCAGUAGCUGACAGCAUCCCCAAUGUUCUGGCGGACUUGAGCAACCUGGAGCCACCGCAGGACUCUGAAACCUCAAGCCUCACCCUCUACCUAGUAGUGGCAGUGGCAGUGGUGUCCUGUGUUUUUCUCGCCUUUGUUAUUGUGUUGUUGGCAAUCAAACUUCGGCGCUGGCACGAGUCUCACGCGCUUCAGUCUUCCAGAGAUGGAUUGAGUGGCCUGCCUGCCUCUCACUAUGUGGGCGUGGACGGGGUGCGCGCUUUCUUGCAAACCUAUUCGCAUGAGGUUUCCCUCACUGCUGAUUCCAGGAAGAGUCACCUGAUCUUUCCGCAGCCCAACUAUGCAGACACGCUCAUCAGCCAAGAGAGUUGCGAGAAAAAAGAUCCUUUGUCUCUGUUAGAUGAUUCGAAGUGCCCUGUAGAAGAUGCCCCUCUGGUGCCAGCACCUGCAAAUACCCACACAAACAAUUGCACAUAAUUAAAAAGACAAUUAGAAUGAACAAUCUGGCUAAUGC